GUCGGAGGCGUCAGUGGAGAGGUGGAACCGGAGCCGGACGGGGCGCAGCGACUGGCAGAGCGCGCGUGGCGUCAUUAGCACCAUGUCGGCUGCCGUCGUCAAACAGCUGGCUGCGGCCCUCAUCUGUGCGCAGACGUUCGUCAUCCUGGGCGGCGCCGUCGGCUCCGGCAGCGUCCUGUUCGCCCAGGAGACGUCAGCCCUGGCGCACGAUGAGCCCCCCGCCGCCGGCAGCAACGCCAGCAGGCUCUCCGUCACACAGAUCACCUGGAUCGUCUCCUCCUUCACCUUUGGCAACAUCCCGGGCACGCUGGCAUCCAUCUGGCUCUCCCCGCGCGUGGGCGCUCCUCGACUUCUUCUGGCCGCGCUGCCGCUGGCCCUCACAGGCGCUGCCAUGGUCGGACUGGGACCGACGUUCGCCUGGACGCUGGCCGGCCGCCUGCUCGUCGGACUCUAUUUUGGCGUGGUGGAGGGCCCGGCGCGUGCCUAUGUCGGAGAGGUGACUGGCCGGGAGGUGCGCGGACUGAUCGGUAACAUCCUCAACACGGUGACACCUGUCUGUAUCGUGGUGGUGCUGGGACUGGGAUCACGGCUCCCCUGGCGCACCAUCGAGUUUGCGCUGGAGACUACUGCAGCCGUGGUACAGGCGUGCGGUCUACUGUUCCUGCCCCGCUCGCCCAAGUGGCUGCUGGCGCACGGCCAUUCACGAGAGGAAGCUGAGGAGUCGCUCCGCUUCUUCCACGGACCAGAGUUCGACAUCAAGCAGGGCGUGCGCGACAUCGAGGGCUCGCUGGCGCACGCGCACCAGCCGUCCUCCGGGGUUCUGCGCGGCCUGGGGCUGGUGUUCGGUCGCUGGGAGAACCUGCACCCGACGCUGCUGCUGCUGGUGCAGUUCUUCUGUAUGGUGUUCUCGGGCGGCCUGGGCGUGGCGCAGUUCGCGCCGACCGUGUUCCAGCUGACCGGCCAGGACGUGAACCCGUUCUACAGCUCCGUGUACGUGACGGCCGCCAUGUCGCUGGCGUUCCUGCUGUCCGGGCCGCUGCUGGAGCGCUGCAGCCGCGUCCUGCUGCUCCAG